AUCUCGUUCUUUCUAGCUUUUCCAUCAUCUUAAGUAGCUCUCUUCAAGAUCAAACCAGUUAGCGAUGGGUUCCAACAAGAGUUUGAUCUUGCUGCUUGCCCUCUCCCUCGCAGUGUCCGCCCUCGCCGUGGAUUCAUACGACGUCCCACACAAGGUGGUGGACGAGGUGAAGGUCCCCAAGGUGCCCGAGGUCCCCAAGGUCCCGUACAAGGCACCCGAGGAGCCCAAAUACGGCCACGACUACGGCUACCCCCAGCACUACGAAGUCGAUACCACUGUCAUCCAGGGAUACAUCUACUGCCAGGGCUGCUACGGCCAAUGGACGAAGCACAUUGUCGGUGGCGAGGUGGCCGUGGAGUGCAAGAACGAGAAGGGCGCAGUGGUCAAGGGGAGCGACAGUACGGACAAGGACGGGUUCUACCAGGUGAAGCUGCCGUACGUGGUCAAGACGAAGACGUGUACGGCCAAGCUCGUCAAGUCGAGUGACUACACUUGCGAUGUCAUCACCAAUGUGGGCAAGGGCAAGGAGGGCGCUGGUGUUGCCUACCUCAAGACCUUCAAGAACGAGGUCUUCUACAAGGUCGCGCCCUUUGCUUUUAGCCAGGUCUGCCACCCACACUACUGAUUCGAUAGGUUCCAUGGGUUCUAGAGGCUCCAGCGAUUCGGUUUGUUUGAGCGAUUCUUUGAUUCAUCAAUAAUAUGGGAGAGUUUCCGCACA